AUGUCUACAAACGAAUGGUAUACAGGUGAAACCGCGAGUAGUUCAAAAAGAAGAUCCUCGACGAUUUCCAGGAGAACUUCCAGUAUUAUGGAAAUGCAUCCUAAUUUAGACGAAGAAAUUGAAAAUGAUGUACAUUAUCAUCGUUUUGCAUCACAGUACAGAGCCAUGAUAUAUAGAAAAUGGAUAUCUAUCAAAAGGUCAUUCGGUCCAUUUAUUUCAAAUAUUAUUGUCACAUUAGUUGUAUCAUGCUUAGCGAUCGUAAUCAAGUACCUGAUGGAUGCCGUAUACAAGGACACUUACAAAACAUUUGAUUUUUCAGCUUACCCAUAUAAAGCUGAUAAUUUGGUCGUUGUUGCAAGUGAUUAUGAAAACAAUUAUGCGAACAAACCUUUCCAGAUGAAAUACAUUGAAGCAAUUAAAUCACUUGUUAAAGUAGAUAUUGGAGUCAAUCCAACAAUUCAUUUGUUCAAGAAUGUGACUGAUGCAAAUGAUUUUCUUUUCAAAUGUAGAGAUAAUGGAUUAUUCGUUGCAAUGGGAUUCAUUCUUCCUGACGAAUUCAAUCCAUUGGGCGGAAAUAAUAUUUCUUUCAUUUGGAACGAUACAGUAGAAGCUGAUCAAAACUCUUUUCAGUCAAUCAACAACUCUUUAAUUGGUCAGUGUAUCACAUACAGAAUUGAGCUCGCAACACUUGCUAAGAUUCCUGAAUUAGAAUCUGAAAAUUUUGCCUCGAUUCCUCAGGAAACAAGAGAUGCCAUGAACAAGGAGUUCACAGACAGAAAAAUCAAGAAAGGAAUUGAUUUCAAGGCUAUCUACACAGUCCUCACAGGAAGUACUCAAGACCAAUUCUUCGCUAUGAUGUCUCCAAUGUUGAUAGCAAUGGGUCUUACAUCAAUCAUUUCCACUAUCAUCAUUAGACCAAUCCUUGAGAUCCAAGGCCCGGUUAGAUCAUACAUGGUAUCUUGCUCACUCAAAAUCCUCCCAUAUUGGGUUAUCUCUUACCUUUUUGAUAUCAUUGUAUGGAUUGUCGAUAUCACAUUGGUUUGGAUUGUCUUCCUUAUUUUCCAAAUCAAGGUUUUCAAACAAAAUCCAGGAAUAACAUAUUAUAUUUUCUUCAUUUCUGGUUUCUCUUUCAUGCUCUAUAUCUAUUGCUUGAGCUUUUUGUGGAGCAAUGCAGAUAAUGCAGGAAGAAAUAUGUUCAUUAUCAACUUACUCAUGUUCAUGAUUCCUCUUUUAGCUACUAUGGUUGGAAGUGAAGAUACAUCUGCUGAUCUUGGCUGGCUAUUUGCACUUUUCCCACCUCUGAUGCUUGAAGGUUACAUGCAGAAAGUAUUCCUUGAAUCACUCUACAACAAAGAUGGAAAUAAGCACUACUUUACUUCCAAGUCUGAUGCAUUCCCAUAUUUCAUCUUCUCAUAUGUUAACAUCAUCAUCUAUACUGUCAUCCUCUGCAUCAUUGAAUAUUCUCGAGAAGCAAUCAGGAGGAAGAUGGCAAAGAGGAACUUCGGCAAUUAUGAGGAGUUCUUCAAGCAAGAGAAAGCAAAGCAUCCAGUUACUGAAGAAGCAAAAGAAAUGGAAAAGCAGGUCGAAGCAAGCACAGAUUAUGCAGUCAGAAUUCACAACGUUUCUAAACUGUUCUUCAACACAGAAGGAAAACCAAUUCCUGAUGUUAAUGAUGUUUCUCUUGGUAUCAAGAAAGGUUCUCUCUUCGGUUUCUUAGGUGCAAAUGGUGCAGGUAAGACAACAUUAAUGAGCAUGAUCACAUCUAUGUUGCCACCAUCUGCAGGUACAAUCGAAGUUGAUGGAGUUGAUAUCACCGAAGAUAGUAACUCCAGCAUUCUCAGUGUUUGCCCACAGUUCAACACUCAUCUUUGUGAUUAUAUGACAAUUGCAGAGCAUUUCCAUUUCUACUCUCUCCUCCACAAGAUGUCUCCUGAGAAUGAAAAGAAGAAUUCAGACAGACUCAUCCAGCUUCUCAAUGUUGAGAACAUCAAGGAUACACCAAUCAGAGAUCUCAGUGAUGGUGAUCAGAGAAUGCUUGCUAUUGCACUCAGCUUCCUUGGAAGAGCAAAAAUCAUCUUGCUUGAUGAACCAACAGCAACUCUCGACCCUGUCUCAAGACAUCAAGUCCAUGAAAUGAUUCAGUACUACAGAGGAAAGAAGACAUUCAUGCUUUGCACACAUAUUCUCAGUGAAGCAGAAGCAUUGUGUGAUGACAUUUCAAUCAUGAUUAAAGGUAAUGUCUACACAGUUGGUUCUCCUCAGUAUUUGUCUGCCAAGUUCGGAACAGAUUACAAGAUCGAUAUGCAGUUGGAUAACGAAUCACCAGAAUGUGCUCUUAAGGUUGAUAAGUUCUUCAGCAGUCAGCUUUCAUGUGCAGAAUUAUCAAUCAAGCGUCCAAUUGCCAGAAUCUACAACGUUCCUGCAUCAGCAAUGGCACUUGGUGAACUCUUCUUCAGAAUGGAAGAAGGCCUUGAAGGCAAAAAUGGAUUUAACUAUUUCACAUGUUCUUCAUCUUCUCUCGAAAGAGUCUUCAUGGAAAUUGUGAGAAUGUCUGAAGCAGAAGAAGAAGAACACGAAAUCUAA